AUGUUACGAAUAAGUAUUGGCUCAAUCAAACCGUUUGGCCCUUCAGUUCCGGGCUAUAAAUACAACAGUUCUUAUGCGGCCAGAAAGGCUGUAAGAACACUUAACCUCUUCGGUACAGCGACCUCAGUCCGCUCAGCUAGACACCUACAUUCUUCAGUACUGCUAAAUAAGGACCUUCAAGAGGAGAAACACAAUGAAGAGGUUCUUUCGCAAACUUGUGCACAAGAUGGACUGGAUUCCAAACGAAAUGUCAAUAAGCCAACAAAAGAAAGUCCACCCGACUCUGUCAAAUCGUUGCUGCAGCAUACACAUGGACACAGCCACACACGUUUGCAUGAUGACCCACUGUUAUCGCUAAAUGUGCAGCAGAUCAAAAGAAACCCUGGGGUGAGAAUAACUUGGAUAGGACUCGCAUCAAAUGUGGGAAUGGCAGUGGGGAAGUUUAUAGGAGGAAUGACAUUUCAUUCUCAAGCAUUACUGGCUGAUUCGGUACAUGCUCUUAGCGAUUUAGUGUCAGAUUUCUUGACGCUGUUCUCUGUCCAAUAUGCAUCUCGUAAACCAACUUCAGAGUAUCCAUAUGGCUACGGAAAGGUGGAAACUGUUGGAUCUCUCGCAGUAUCCACAAUACUGACAAUGGCCGGUAUAUCCAUCGGUUGGUCGUCGCUAUGCGCUAUUGUGGGUCCCAUCAUUCCCCAUGCAAUUUUGGAGUCGAUGGCCAACUUGAUUGGAGAGUCACAUACCCACCCUCAGUCAGUAGCACAACAGGCAACUAAUGUUAAUGCCGUAUGGAUUGCAGCAGGUUCCAUCUUAAUAAAAGAAUGGGUGUUUCAAGCGACCAAAAAAGUGGCUAUCCAGACAAACUCUAAUGUGUUGAUGGCAAACGCUUGGCAUCAUCGUGUCGACUCUUUGACUUCAUUGGUGGCACUAAUUGCUAUCACAUCUAGUUACUUCUUUGGUAUUCAAUCAUUGGAUAAUUUAGGUGGGCUGGUAGUGUCAGGCUUGAUUAUAAAAACAGGUGGGCAAGGCAUAUUAUCAUCAUUGAAGGAAUUAGUUGAUCAGUCCAUACCACCGACUGAUUCUCGUUAUCUGGAAGUUGAAUCUGUAAUAAAAAGCAGCCUUAUCAGCUUGAAAACGCACUUGGAUUCGAAAGGGACACUCAAUGUUAAAGACCUCACUAUAUUAGCUUCGGGUCCCAAUCUCCGUGCUACCACAACCUUGGAAGUACCAGUCCUGCAUUCGGGGCAAGAAGUUGGAAUAAAGUUUUUGGAAAGCACCAUUGCAACCAUACGGAAAGAUCUGCGUCUAAAAGUUCCAAACGUAGAGAAAGUUGACGUCGAAUUCGUUGAUCUAACUUCUACCUCUAGUAGAGAUUUGGAAAACUCCCAUCAGAACAACUCAAGCCACAGCCACACUCAUUCUGAUUCAGUUAAUGACCACAACCACAGACUUUGA